UGAUCAGAGCUGAAACGGCCGUUUCAGUUUUUUCAGUUUCCCUCAGUUUCUAGGGAAACGGCCGUUUCAGCUCUGAUCGAAUCAUCACAGGAAGCUUCUGCCCGUGGUUACAGGAUGUUUACAGUUUCCCUGACAACGGGGAGUGAAGUUUUGCUAAAGUCAGCCAGCUGCCUUCUCAUUCAUAUUAAAUCUGACACAGAAGCUGUCACCAAAGAAUAUUCUAUUAAUAUUGUAUUGUUUGCCCCAUGAAGCAUAUUUAAAUAUGCUGAACUAUGUAUAUAAAUACAUUAAAAAUACAAUUGUUUAUAAAUGUAGCUGUUUGUAUAAGGUUUGCAGUGACAAAACAAGAUGUUAUGAAAGAUUAAAUGCUUAAACACGUGAUUGUGCCUGCCAAACGUAUCACGCUGAGUGGAGCGGUCGUACGCUCUAAGAUAAUACUGAACACAUUUAACCACAAGUGGUUAAAAGUGAAGUAUAAAAGUGGUUAGAUGUGAAGUAUAAAACUUCACAUUUAUAAUUUUCCAUAUAAAUUAUCCUUUUUCCCCGUUUCGUGUCCAUUUGGAUUCUUGUAGUUUCAAUCUGUGUGUGAGAUUUUCCAUUAUKAAUAUGUCUUCCAGUACUGCAGUCAGUUACAAAUACUUUUAUUUUUUAGUUAAAUCAAAACUACCAGAGCUGCAGCAUCCUGCUGUGAAGUUUGAAGACGUUGGGGGCAACGAGGAGACAUUAAUGGAGAUGUGUGAGCUGAUGAUACACUUGCGUCACCGGGAGGCGUACCAAAACCUGGGCAUGCUUCCGUCGAGGGGCUUCCUCCUCCACGGUCCYCCUGGCUGCGGAAAGACCCUCCUGGCUCAGGCUGUGGCUGGA